CCCCAACUAUUUGGUCAGCCUACAUCACAUUCUGACAUAGGACCAGUUACUCGACCUGAUAGCUUAGCAUCAGCCCUGACGACCGUUCUUUUGCUGCUCAUCGCAACUGGACCAUCCGAAAAUCUAGAGCCAGGAGCUUCGGAGUCCUAUGAGACUGACCAAAGGGAAAAUUAUUUUGCGGCGCUGAUUCGGCAACUCAAACAACAUUUUAUGGAGAACAGUGGGGAAGCAACAAAUGAUGGUGUUGGAGGCAUAUCAAGCGGCCUGGUGGAAGUAGUCACAGCACUGACUGAUAUCUUCCAGCGUAACCAACAGGCUGUGCUGAAUUCUGACUCUCGUGUAUGUACCUUGAUCUGA